AUGCAGACAACAGUUUCGAGCAAGAACAAGUAUCCCAGAUUUGAAGAGGAGUCAAGUGACAGUGACAGCGACAGCAACAGUGAGAUGAAGCUCGUUGGUCUGGUCGCCAAGAAGCAUACUAGCACCAAGCUCGCUCCGUUACGCAUCAAGGUUCAGCUCAAGAACGCAAACAUCAACUUUGAAGCGCUACUAGACAGUGGUGCAUCAAUGAGCAUCAUCAACCAGAAGAAUCUGCAGGCUAAUGUCCAGCUUGGACGUAAAAAAGUCGCAUCGUCGACCAAGUUUCAGACGGAAAAUGGUGAGGUGACAAGUGACGGCAGCGCAGUCAUUCAGUUUCGAUUUGCAUCCCUCAAGCCUUCAGCCAUCAUCACUCACAGGUUCGAAAUUCUGGAGAAGAGCCAAGAUGCUAUUCGAUUAAUCGGGACAUCAUUACGUCAUUGGGCAUUGUGCUCAAUUUCAAAGAAAAUGUUGUUCAGUGGGAUGGCCACUACGCGCACCUUAAUACCGGUGUGUCACGCUCUUUCGAGGUGA